AUGGAAGGCAGGGGGGAAGAGACGAGGGAAGGGUGUGUUGCGACCAACCCCGACUCUCUCGCUUCCAUCGCCGCCGCUUCGGCGAGGGGCGGCUGGAAGUCGGGCGGCGGGGCUGCGGGGGAGACAGAGGGCGGCGAGAGGGGAGAAAGGGCGAGAGAAAGAGAGAGAAAAGGCUUUUUUGAGCGAGAGAAGGAAAGGUGAGAGAAAAGGAGAGAAACGGAUUUCUCCUUUUGCGGCGAAGAGAGUGCACAGAGAGUUAGUGGUCGUAAAAAAUAAAUAAACAAAGAAAAGAGAGUUUGAGGUGCGAGAAGAGAGCAGGCAGAGAUGCUCCAAAAAAUAGCAAAGAAAACCAUGGGAGACAUGAGGAUUUACAGCGAUUUUAGAAGAAACUAGAGAGCGUUCAACGUGAAAUGCUCAUGCAUCGAAACUCCCAACGAUAUAGGACUUUCUCCAGCAGAGGGGGCAGACAAAUGGGAUUCACAUGCUUUUGGCGGCCUUUAGAGAGCGAGAGAGACCAAUGGGACCAAAAUUGGGGCGUCAGAUUGUCAGAGGCGCUAGAGAGUAG